ACGUAUUAUGAAUGGAUGGAACUUGUUGAAAAAUUCGUUGAAAAAUCCCUGUGCCUUCGUUUUCUUGAUUCAAGCAUUAGUGCGGGUCAUAAUUCGAAAAAUCUAGCAAAAAUGGAAAAUCAUAGCUUACCGACUAGAGCAGUCGUCUUCUCUGCAAAUUCGGGAGCAAACCAGAGGCUCAUGUCGAAGCGCAAAAAGAACCCCCUGGAUCACCUGGAGGUUGCACUGAUUGGAGCAGGCAGUGGAACAUAUGCCCAGCUUUUGGACGAGUGCGGCCGAGCAAAGUCGGUGCUUCACGGCAAGUUUGUCCACCAGCACAUUAUCGACAACGGGUACGAGCAGGACACAUUCGUGGCUAAUCUGGUAAUGCAGAUGUACAUCAAAUGUGGCUGCUUCGAGGAGGCACGCCUGGUUUUUAGCAGGAUGGUAAAACCGAGCCUUGUCUCAUGGACCACUAUGCUUUCGGCAUAUGCCCAGAACGGAUAUCCGUCGGAGGCACUGAAGCUCGUAAAUUACAUGGAGCUCAACGGACUGAAGCCGGACAAGGUGACCCUCUUGUGCAUACUGGGAGCUUGUUCUUACAUCGGAGAGAUCUCACGUGCCAGGGAAGUGCAUCAGCGCGUAGCUGCCUGUGGAUUCGACAGCGAAACUCCUAUCGGGAAUUCGCUGGUCCACAUGUACACGAGAUGCGCUAGUCUCCAAGAUGCAAGGCUUGUCUUCCAAGGCAUGACCAGGAGGAACGUCGUGUCGUGGAACUCAAUGGUGGCUGCGUGGGCACAACUAGGCGGUGCUAAGGAUGCUCUCGAAGUGUUUGCGCGAAUGCUGGAGGAGAAUGUGCAACCAGACAAGGUGACUUUCAUGAAUUUGCUUCAAGCCUUUUCUACUGACGAGGAUCUGGCAGCCGCUCGAGAUAUCCAUUCGAAGAUUGUGGAGCAUGGAUUCGAGUCGGACGUGGCCGUGGGAACCGCGGUAAUGAGCAUGUACGGGAAGUGUAAAAGUUUGGAAGACGCCCGGCUGGUGUUCGAGAGACUACACGGGAAGAACUUGGUUACGUGGAACACCAUGAUCUCAGUAUACGCUCACGGUGAUCGUCCAGAGGAGGCACUCUCAAUCUACAAUGCAAUGGGGGAGCAGUACAUACAACCGGAUCAUAUCACUUUCACCAGCGUUCUCGCGGCCUGUGGAUCGAUUGGUGUUCUACAAAACGGGAAAAGGAUUCACGGUCACGUCAAGGUGUUUCGGAUGGAGGACCACGCUUCUGUGGCAACUGGCCUGGUGAAAAUGUACAGCCAGUGCGGAAGUGUGGGAGAUGCAAGAGAAGUAUUCGAGACAAUGAACAGGGACUUGGUGGCAUGGAACACGAUGAUAGCAGGAUACGCACAGCACGGCUACACAGAGCAGGCAGUCGAGCUCUUCCACAAAAUGGACGUGAUUCCAGACGAAGUUACGUUCGUUAGUCUGCUGGACGCUUGCGGCCACGGUGGCCUCGUGACAGAUUCGUGGUACUACUUCCGUUCCAUGCUCCAGCUGGGAGUAUCUCCAACGAUACAGCACUUUGGCUGUAUGGUCUCGCUUUUGGGAAAAGUGGGGAAGCUGGACCAAGCCGAAAAGCUUAUACUGAGCAUGAAGGCCUUUCGAGUAGAAGCAAAUGCCGUGGUGUGGAAAAUGUUUCUGGAUGCGUGUAAGACGCACGGAAACAUGGAGAAAGGAGCUCGAGCUGCUGCUGAGGUUCUACGCCUGGAGUCAGGCGAUUCUUUCCCUUACGUCGUCCUUGCGAACAUAUGCUCGACAACUGAAGAACCAGAACCACAGAACCUGCUGCUCGUGAAAACUGUCAUCAGUACGGAUGAGGCACACGAAUUUGUUUCCAGUUCUGGAAAGCUUCCUAAAGGGCACAGUACACCAUCUUUCUUGGUAACUGAUCUCGCUUAAAGUAUUAUUGCGAACCAAACUUUCGAGACCAUUCUUCUGACCCACCGAGAAAAUUUUCGUGUCGAGAGAGUACGUUGUGCUUUUUAUUUUCUAGUGCUCAUGCAUUUCUUGUGUUCAGGGACGGGCGUGCAGCGUACUGGUAUUUGACACGAGAUUCUCUUUGACCUGCAUCAGAAAAUAUGAUUUACUGACUCUUUAUUUACGAGUCUCAAAGAAUGAAGUGGAACGGCGAAACUCCUAAUUAUUGUUAUAGUGCGCUCUGGGUGGAGACUGUUGGACUGCUUCUAAAUCUCCGUCUUUUCCAAGACUGGUACGUACAAUACAGAGAAAAUUUUGAUUUUUGAGAGACUUUUCAUCAGGUGUUUAAUUCCCUCGAAUGCCGUUUAUACUA